AUGACGGUACGAUAUGUGCAAGAAGUGUUUGCUAAACGUCGAACAAAGACAAUUCCUAAAUCAAAUCUGGAAGUUUGGAAUAAAGAGUUACGCUACACUGAAAUUUUAUACGUGUGUAAAUUUGAUGGAAAAAGCUAUGAAGAUAAUAAAAAAAAGGGUGUUCGUUUAAAUACAAGGACUCGUAAAGUUGAGUGUCCAGCAUUUAUCAAAUUUUGUAUUUCAUCUUGCAAAAAAUUCUUGGUCAUUACGGAAUAUCAACCUAAUCAUCAGAGUCAUGAGCAUUCAAAGAAUUUUUUUGAAUAUCUGCGCAGACUAUCUUUGGACGAAAAGAAUGAAGUAAUUAAAUUGCUAAAGUUACAAUGUAACCACAAACUUUUACAAAAACACAUUCUUGAUGAAUUUGGUAAAAAUGUAACACUUAAAGAUAUAACAAAUUUACAAAGUAUUUUACAUCGAUCUGAGAAUCUACAAGAAGCAACCCAAUUGUUGAAAGCAAAAGGUGCUUAUACACAAAUUCGGGCCAUCAAUAAUCAAUUGAAAGCAGUGUAUUUUCCUACACCAGAUAUGAAGUCGAAAUUCAGUGCUUGGCCGGAUAUACUAUUCAUCGAUUGUACAUAUAAAUUACUCAAGUCUGACUUAUCAGUGUUAUUAAUAGCCGUUGAAGAUUCAGUUGGGGCCACUGAAAUUGUAGGUGUUGGUCUUCUUGCUGGUGAAGAUGCUGACAAUUUUGAAUGGUGUUUUAAUUGUUUUAAAAAUGAUAAUUUGUCAGCAUGUUCACGAAUCAAUUGUAUUAUGACAGAUAAAGACAUGACCAUGAGAGCUGCUCUUGGUGUAGUUUUUCAAGAAAUACCGUUAUAUUUGUGCUCAUUUCAUACACUUCAAACGUUUUCUCGUGAAAUUACAUGUGAAAAAAGAAAAAUAUCAAAACAAAUCAAAACCAAAUGCUUAGAAUAUAUGCAGAAAAUGACCUAUAGUAAAAGUGAAAAUGAAUAUCAAAGACUAUAUGAAGAGUUUAUAAAUUUCGCUCCUUUAUCUGUCAAAUCAUAUUUUGACAAAUGUUGGCAUCCAAUUAAAGAUCAGUGGACAUAUUCACUUAUAAGUGGACUAUUACUUAUAAGUUAUUAG